AUGGCCAACAAGAAAUACACAAGACUGCUUCUUAAAUGGGUCAGAAACGCCUAUAAGAAGCAAGACCCAAACCCCAGAGAGUCAAGCAACACCAAAGAGAAACACCAAGUGGCCGACUCCAGCCCCGACAAACAGCCCGACGACAUCUCGCGCACGCCUGACACAAGCAUGGGCAUAACAAUCGAUCCAUCCCGCCUCAUACGCGGCAUCAAGACACCAUUCGAUGAUGGCACACAGGAUCCAUCUGACCAAACAAUUGUCUCCUGCUCCUUCGACACGCCAGACACCACCCCGCUGCUGAUCCCAAACCCCCUCGACUCACCCCCAGUGUCCAUGGGGCUCUCCCACAGGGGCGAACAUCCCCCUCAAAAAGAUCCAAACCAAGCCCUCCUCCUCCGCAGCCAGCUUGCCCCAUUCCGCGUGAUCAUAGUCGGCGGCGGCCCCACGGGCCUCAUCAUGGCGCACGCCCUCCACGAGGCAGGGAUGGACUACACCCUCCUGGAGCAGGCCGCCCACAUCGGCGCCCCCGACACCACCGCAGACCCAACCCAGCCAGACCACAACAACGGGACCAGCUUCCAUCUCCUCUGGCCCGACUCGGCGCGCAUCCUGGACCAGCUGGGCCUUUUGCGCCAAGUACAGCAGAUCUCAUGCCCCGUGCGGACCCGCAACACGGGCUCUGCCAGCACCCCUGGUGAGGACAGCGACGACGUCUUCGCCCGGUCGGAGCCCGACCACGGCCGCCCCUGCAUGCUGGUCGACCGCAUGGCGCUGCUGCGCGUGCUGCUUGCCAGCCUCCCCCCGGCCGAGCGAGCGGCGCGCGUGCGCAUGGGGAAGCAGGUCGUCUCUGUCGAGACGGACGACGCCGGCGUGAGGGUCGCCUGCGAGGACGGGAGCGUCUACCGGGGCUCGGUGGUGGUCGGGUGCGACGGGGUGCACAGCGUCGUCCGGCGGAGGGUGUGUGAGCUGCGGGCCGAGGGGAAGAGGGAGGCGGCGAGGAGGAGGAGCUUUGGUCUUUUGGGAGGUGGCGGGCAUGAGGCGGACUCGGCCAUGGAGGCGCGGUACUACGGCCUGGUCGGGACGGGACCGCUGCUUGAUGGGCUUGAGGCGGGUGUGUGCUAUGAGACUCGGUGUGAUGCCAUCGGCGCGACAGUCCAGGUGCUUACGAGCGAGGACACGAUGCACUUCGUUGUCUACGUCCCGCUCCACAGACCGGUAACCAGGCAGACACACUACCCACCAGAGAACGCCAACCACCUCGCCAGCGUCGUGGCCAACCACCCAAUCACAGAGAGAAUCAGAUUCAGCGACCUGUGGCAGUCACGGAACCACGGCAAGAUGCUAGACUUCCACGAGGGCAUCGCAGACAAGUGGUACCACGGGCGAAUAGUCCUGGCCGGCUCCGCAGCACACAGCACGACGCCCGUCCUGGGCCUCGGGGCUAACGCGGGCAUCCAGGGUGUGGUGCAGCUGGCCAACGGGCUGCGGCGGUUCCUUCCUCCUCACCAUCACCAUCAUCAACGUCAUAGCCAUCAUGGCCUGCCUGCUGGUCCAGACACCGCCAGGAUCAAGAGGGUCUUCAGGGCAUACCAGGCCGCGCGGGAGGACCACGCCCGCACGGCGGCGCUUAUCUCGGCCUACUACGCGCGGGCGAUCGCGCAGCAGGGCACGCUUUCCAUUUUCUGUAACUGGGCUGCCCCGGGCGCCGCUGUGGACGUCAGGAUGCUGGAUGGGCAGGUGGCGUGGGCGGUCAGGCAGGGCAUCACGCUGGAGUAUUUGGAGGAGGAGCACUUCAGGGAGGGAAGGCUGAGGUGGGUCAACCCGUGCCGCUGGCCUGAUGCUCCCACCAGGGAGCGGGCAGGUGCGAGUGCGAGUGUGUGGUUGUACCCGAGCAUCCCGAUGCGUGUCAGCACUGGGUGA